CGUUUUCGCUCCGUUUGAUUCGCUUCGAAACGCUGGCCGCGAACUAACGCUCAGAACACACACAACGCUCGCCGCCUUGAAAACAAUAUUCACAAGUGUUAAGUAGGGGCAACGAAAAACCCCAACAACCACAAACGCUUAUUCAUCUGGCCAAAAUAUCCAACGAUCGAGUGGCGCGUAAUUUGUGCGAGUGAUAAGAAAAGUUAUUGAUUAAAGAAGUAUCUCCAUUACGGCAGAUAGAACAAAGCAAUGCUUGACGGCAAAAGUUUAACGUUCUGCAGCCUGCUUCUGCUGGUGGUGCUGCUGCUGGCAGAUUGCUCCCAUGCCAAACCGUCGCAGGAUCCGGCCAGCGCUGACUCGGAGCUCAGUGAUUUGAGUGGAUCGGCAACCAGAAAUAAAACAUCUGUCAGAGUUGCUGGCGAGGAGAAUGUCGACUCGGAUGCGAACACGUCGGGUUCGUCGGGCUCGUCGGAGUUGACGCCGAAUUCCUAUCCACAUCGCGAUGAGGAUCAGCUGAAUUCGGCCACCAAUCUGGUGUUGGCUCGGAACUACAAGUACGACGUGGAGAUUCUAGAGUCGGGCGAUGCAGAGGAGAGCGUGGAGGAAAGUCGCAGCUCGGAGCUGGAGGAACGCUUUACGGGUCAAGGAGUCCGUGCCACAGACACAGAGACAUUCACGGCGGAGAACAUUGAGAUGCAGCCCGUAGACAUAGAGGCGGAUGCCAUCAGCGAGAGUCACAUGCUGCUGGGCAUCAUAGCCGUGGUCUUGGCCUUGGUGUCGGUGUGUCUGUACGCCGGCCUGGUCAUAUGGCGUUCACAUCUGGAGCAACGCUACGGCAUGCGGGAGCGACUGGUGAAUCGCGACCUGGAGGAGGAGGGCGACGGCAUCGACGAUGUUGAUUAUCAUGUGUAUGCACCGACCACAACGCCGGCUACGACGCGUGCGUAGUCCGUCUACCCCGAUCUGGGUUCUUGUUUUUCUGUUUUUCUUUUCUGUUUUCUGUUUUCUGUUUUUGUGGUGUGAUGUGAUGUGGUGUGGUGUGGUGUGUGGGCUGAGAGACAUUCAAGUAGACUUAAGUUCAAUUUAGAAUGUGUGCACUGGCAGCACAGGCCUGCGAAAAUGCAUCCAAGUGAGCGAAAUUGUCUAAUGAAUGCCAUAAAUUUACGCUCGCACACAAACAAACAUACAUACAUACAUACAUACACGCGGUACGUUUCCAUUCACAUUCACCUGUCUGAGAGCGCGUUUUGAAAUGCAUUCCACUUCCCCAAUUAACCACAUCGAACAUUACACUCCACUCCACUCUAAUCGCCAGUACCAAAGGUCACCGCUUUGGCCUUGCACUCUUCUGUAGCGCGUAGUUGACAAAGCCAAUUAGCUUGUAAGUUACUUGUGAUAUUGUUAUAGAGAUUCUUUUGUACUUUUGUAACUUGUACUAUUUGUAUUUCGUAAUAAACCAACGAUUUGAAUGCUGUCUAGCUAUUGCACUCAAACGAAUGUAAACCAAA